CACCUGCCGGGACCCUUAGUUGUCUGCCGCGGGGCGGGCUGGGAUUUGUAGUUUUGAUACUAGAUACUCCUGUUUUCCUCCCGUUUUCUUUCUCCAGACUUUCACCUCUGGGGACCCAGCGAGGUUUUUCCAGGCAAAACAACGAAUCCUUUUUGGAAAGCUGGCAAUUCACUUUUCAUCUCUGAACCUCAGUAACUGGGAAUGAAUCUUACCCAAAAUACCUUCUCAGAAUUGGGACGGAGGACAAAUAAAGUGCUUGAAAAGAAGGUGUCACCAGCAUCAUUGGUUCCCUUGCUGAUAAGUUAGUGAACAGGCGGCUCUCUUAAGCAGCUCUGGGCUUCCAUCUACAUAUCUCAUCCAGAAACCAUUUCCAACAGCCGCUGGAACUGAAAAUAUCCCAGCGCCUCUAGGAUAACCCACAAUCGGUCACCCACGUGGACGCCCAACCUCCAGCAUUUCUCUUAACACCAUGAAGCAGCUGCCAGUCUUGGAGCCUGGAGACAAGCCCAGGAAAGCAACAUGGUCUGUAAGGAAGGAUGCAGACAGAGGAAAACAUAAGUUUUUGUUUCAUUUAUAAGUGGUUUACUAACAUAUUUAAACAUCUAUUGAAAAGGGUAGAGAUAAAACUGUGGGCAGAUUCUGGUAAUUAGCCUCAAACCAUUUGAGAAGGUCUUCAGAGGAAAGGUAGUGGGGCAAUAAUUAUCAGAGCAGAUGUUGAUUUUAUUAAAAUCCACUUACCAGGAAGAGGAAGGCCCUGGCCAUCUGGCAUCCUCAGCUUCAACCCUGUGUCUUCCCCCGCAAGCUGUGACUCGUUUUUAAGAUAUUCAGGGAAUCGGCUUUGGAUUUAACUGGCUUCCCUGUUUCUUGGCUGCGUGCUCAAUCAACCCUUCAUUCAAUAACUGACACUGGCCUGACAGGGGCAGCUGCUGUGUAGGUGCUGGACAUACAAAGCAACUGUAUGUGCUGGUCGCUGUACCUGGAUCACUCUUUCCCUCCAUCUUUCAUGCCUCUCUUUGUCCAACUAACUUCUACCCAUACAUCAGAUUUCAGUUCAAGUGGUGCUUCUUCAGGAAGCCUUCCCUGACUACCUCCCUCCCCUACCUCCUUACAGGGUACACGUUGACCCCCGCUGGAGACAGCCCAUGUGCUCGGGUUGGCCACAGCUGCUCGUAUUUACCCCCCGUUGGUGAUGCCAAGAGAGGGAAGGUCUUCAUUGUUGGGGGAGCAGAUCCAAACAGGAGCUUCUCCGAUGUGCACACCAUGGACCUGGAAACACACCAGUGGGACUUAGCCACCUCGGAGGGCCUCUUGCCCCGGUAUGAGCAUGCCAGCUUCGUUCCCUCUUGCACACCUCACAGCAUCUGGGUGUUUGGAGGUGCCAACCAGUCAGGAAAUCGAAAUUGCCUACAAGUUCUGAAUCCUGAAACCAGGACUUGGACCACGCCAGAGGUGACCACCCCCCCACCGUCCCCACGAACAUUCCACACAUCAUCAGCAGCCAUUGGAAACCAGCUGUAUGUCUUUGGGGGCGGAGAGAGAGGCACCCAGCCCGUGCAGGAUGUGAAGCUUCAUGUGUUUGACGCAAACACUCUGACCUGGUCACAGCCAGAGACACUUGGAAAACCUCCAUCCCCCCGGCAUGGUCACGUGAUGGUGGCAGCAGGGACGAAGCUCUUCAUCCAUGGAGGCUUGGCAGGGGACAGAUUCUAUGAUGAUCUUCAUUGCAUUGAUAUAAGUGACAUGAAGUGGCAGAAACUAAGUCCCACUGGGGCAGCUCCCACAGGCUGUGCUGCCCACUCAGCUGUGGCUGUGGGGAAACACCUGUAUGUCUUCGGAGGGAUGACUCCCACAGGAGCACUGGACACAAUGUACCAAUAUCACACAGAGAAGCAGCAUUGGACCUUACUUAAAUUUGAUACUUCUCUACCCCGAGGACGAUUGGACCAUUGCAUGUGUGUCAUUCCAUGGCCAGUGAUGUGCACUUCUGAGGAAGAUCCAAAUCCUGUCACUCUGAACUGUGAUGCUGAGAAAGGGAACUCCGCUGACAAAGGAGUGACCCAAGAUGGUGACUCACAUGAGGAAAGUCAGACUGACUCACUGCUCUGUUUUGUGUUUGGUGGGAUGAAUACCGAAGGGGAAAUCUAUGAUGAUUGUAUUGUGACUGUAGUUGACUAAUAAAACCCACCAUUUUUGAUA